ACUGUUUGAUGUUGAGUAAAUCUACAUUGUCUGGACCUACAGGAAAUGUGCUUUUGACAUUACUGGUUAAUGCCACUGAUGUUCUUCAAUUGGGCCUCCAGUCCAACGGUCACCGUAGUAGCAGUGAAGUGACUAGCUUACUGAGGACAGUUGAAAUCUCUAUCAGACUGAUUGCUCCACAGCUGACAGAGAACGUGACCAGGAUAGAGACCAACCACACAGAGGCUGAGAUUAUGGUGAGGAGAGACCAGACUCCACCUGAAGGACCAGUCAGCCUGACCAAUGAGAACACUCAACUUGACACCACCUGGGAGACGGCGGUUGGAGAUUACCAGAAUUACCCAGGGUUUGCCUUUGUCGUUCUGCUCAGCUAUAAGAAUCUGGAUACUCUGAAGGACAGUUUUUCUCAUCAGAGCCAGCAGCUCAUGUCCAGUGCUGAGACGGUGUCCGUUAGCAACUCCAACACAACAAACCUGCCCCAACCGGUUAAUCUCACCUUCAAUCACCUGCAGUCCAGUGAUGUUGACCCCACCUGUGUUUAUUGGUCGGAUGGGAAUGGACCGGGGGAGUGGUCUGGGCGGGGUUGCACCUCUGUGAUGUCAAACCAUCUCAGCACAUUUGCUCUGCUGGUGGGAAUCCACCACAAAAAGGUGAUGAGAACACUGUAG